AUGCUCAGUCUGGAGACGCUCGAUCUGCUGCUGGCGAUCACCGAAGGCGAGAUGAUCGAGGAGAUGAUCGUCGGCAUGCUGGCGGCGCCGCAGCUGUCGGUGUUCUUUAAAAAGUUCCGGCCAUUCGCCGGGCGCUGGAUCGCGAUCGCCACGCUGGAAACUGCAGCUCAAGAGCGUCUGCAGGAGGCCAUGUGCCAACUGGAGAAUAACACCCAGUUCUAUCACAACCUCAACGACACGAUGGAGCUGCUGCGCCAGCUGGUCUCGCCGUUUUAUGAACAGGCGCACGCGCUGGUGGACGCCGCCGAUCUGCCCAAUCAUCCGCUGGACGACAGCUUCCAAACCCUAUUCUUGCAGCGCUGGCGCAUCAGCCUGACGCUGCAGGCCACCAUGCUGCACCACCAGCUGCUGAACAAGAGCGCGGCAGCUGAUGGCGGAACUGCAGGAGCGCCUGGCGCUGAGCGGCGCGCUGGAGCCGCUGCUGUCGGAGAACGAACCGCCGCCGGCAGGCUGUGGGACAUGAGCAAAGGCCAGCUGCAGCGCGGUGCGCAAACGGUGGUGGAGUACGGCAACUUUUUGCAGCAGCAGCCAGAGCUGAAAAAGUUGGCGCAGCAGCUGGCCCGCAGCUAUCAGGCCAAGGCAGUGCAGCAACAGGACGCGCAGCCCGAACCGUUCAGGGUCAUGGUACAGGUGCCGGCCACGCUGCCGGAAGAAGUGAGCGGCAUUCAUCAAAGCGAUGACAUCCUGCGCCUGCUGCCGCCGGAGCUGGCGACGCUGGGGAUUGAAGAGCUGGAGUUCGAGUUUUAUCGCCGCCUGUUGGAAAAGCGGCUGCUGAGCUACCGCCUGCGGGCGACGUUUGGCAGGAACAGAUCCUGA